AUGGCGUCACUAGGUCACCUACGCCGCGCGCUCAUAUUUUCCGCCGCCUUCACUCUCCUCCUUCCCCCUACCGCCGCAACCACUCAGUCGUACGCCAUUGCCCGCGACAAGAACCUACGCGGAGGAGCCGUUCAGCAUAGCGCAACACCAGACUCUCCAGACGGUUACGGCCCUGCAUCAUCUGAUUCAGACGAUAGUUACAGCUCGGGGUCGCCUGGUGCGGAAAACGCGGAGGUGAAGGCGGCGAAGAGAGUUUCUGCAGCGGAUGCGGAGGCGGCGGAGGCGCUAGCUGCGUACGAAGAGGCGAAGCGCGCUCUCGCUUCGCAAAAGAUAGAGCAGGAGGAGAUGCGCAUCCCGGCGCUCGAGGCGCGGCAGCAGCAGCGCGAUGCGGCACGCGAGCAGGCGGAACUGGACGAGGCGGUCGCGGCGGCGGAAGCGGAGCUUCAAUCCGCGGAGAACGCGCUCAAAGAAGCGCGGCAGGAGCGCAGCGCAAACGCGUCGGCAGGCGCCGCCAGCGCGGUUGACAGAGCCGCGCAGCGGAAGGAUCAGGUAGCGCGGAAGCUUUCCUCCGCGCGCGCCGAGGCACGCGGGAACCGGCCGUACCUGCAGGAGAUGGAAACGAACGUGCGCGACUUCGAGGGCGCGUUCGUGAUGGCGGCGCGAGAGGCGGGGAUGGCGGCGGAGAGGGUGAAGGCGCUCCGGGCGGAGAUGGUUGAGAAAAUGGAAAGGGCGGCGGAAGCGCAGUCUGCGUGGCAAGCGGUGGUGCGAGACGAAGAGAGAACUUUUCUGGAAAAGAGUGGGUUGAUGGUACAAGAGGCAGAGCGACACGAUGGCGGUCCAGUCGCUGUCGAAACGAAUAUCAUGGCGCUGCGGCAAGCCCGACAUAAUCCUCCCUCGCCUAUCCGCUUGACACUCGCUACCAUUGUCUCCCUCUCCAUCACAUUAACGCUCGUAUUACUCGUGAGCGGCGCCACUCCUGAUCCGUUACCGAGUUCUGCUACUAACGAGGCCACAGAGUCUUCUCUCGUCGCCGACCGAGCUGGCUCAGCUCAAGCCGCGACAAAAUUGAUAACGACAAUCCCGCACCACGUCAUCACCAGUUUCAAGUUACCAGGCGGAAAUGCCGAUCCCCUCGCCUUGCUCCGCCAAUUAAAAGCAGCGGCGGUGGAGGCAAAGCAGCUCGUGAACGUGGCGCGCCGCGACCUGGAGGCCAUGGAGCGGAACCUGUUAGACGCGAAUCGCAAGGUGGAAGGAUUACGAGAAAAGAUUCAACUCUCCAAGAAGCGCGCCGAGCUCUUCGCGGCGCGAGCCCGCGAGCAGCAAGCGGUCGCGGAGGAAAUGGCGGUUGCUGCCGACGCGGCGACGAAGCGCGCGUACGCGAAUCCAACCCCUGACGCAGUAACGGCGUUUGAGGUUGCGGUUGCGGCGAAAAAAGUGAGUCUGCACGUAGCGGGGACAACGGCGAAGAAAGCGGAGAAGAUCGCCAAGAGGGCUGAAAUGCGCGAGGAAGCUUUAAAGCUCGCGAUAGCUUAUCACAACAAUCUGAAGCCCUUGGUUGGGAAACACGUGGCAUCGGUUCAAAAAGCCGAAGCUCAGGCCGACGAGGCCGCAGCAGAAUUCGUUAACGUUUGGAGGAAAAUCAGGUCGCGGAUUACAAACGAGGAUUUGAUAACACUUCUGUCGACCAAUUCAGGCGGAGGUCCGGAUUCACCGAGCCUGGCGAGUAGUUUGUCAGCCUCGGGGAUUGACGGAGCUCGAGCUGCCGCCGUAGCGGUUGCGCUUCAGCGUAUUUCGGCGUCGGAAGCGGAAGAAUUUGUUACCAGGGCGUUGCAAAAGGAGGCCGUUACCAUUUCCGAAGCUGUAAAAGCAGCGGCUGAGGAGGCUCGGGUCCGAGCCUUUGAGGCUAAGAAAGAGGCUCGGGAGAAGAGGCAGGAGCAGGAGAAUGUCGAAGGCGAGGCGGAAGAAGCGGAGUUUCAGGCGCGAGAGGCGGAGAAAGACGUGGGUUCAGCUAAGGAACGAGCAGCGCAGAUCGCGGAGCUUCUGGUGGAGCAGCGGAAAGUGGCGGAAGAAGUGGCGGCGGAGCGGGAGGUUGCGCGCAAGCGCGCAUACUUGCGGGAGUCGGAGGAAGCGCAGCAGGCGCUGGAUCUCGCGACUGCGGUCAGCGAAGAAGGCGCACGAGUGCUUGCGGAAAUGAUUCGGAAAUCGCGACGGGCAGCUGAAAAAAUUACGUUGAGGGAGGAUCAUUUGCGGCAGGCGGUGGUCUAUCAAAAAGAAACAAUGGAGUUGGCACAGAAGAAUAAAGCCGUGGUAGAGGAGUUGGAAAAGAAAGCUGCACAAGCAGAGCAGGCGUUUAGUAAGGCAAAGGAGGACGCUAAAAACGCGGAUGCGUUGGUCAAGAGGCUGAAGGAACUGGCAGCGAGGCGGCAUGAGGAGUCCAAAAAGCUUCGACUUCAACGGUGGGAUUCAUUCCAAGCUUCAAAAUCUUGA